AUGGGCCAGGAAGAAUCCACGAUGGUGGACGAGUCCGUCCAGCCACAGGUCUUGACAGAGAGAUCCCUCGAAGCUGUCGCCGACUACAUUAAGAGCGGUCAGGCCAAGCGAAUCUGUGUCAUGACAGGAGCCGGCAUCUCCACCACCGCUGGCAUCCCCGACUUCCGUUCGCCAGGCACGGGCCUCUACGCAAACCUCAAGCGCCUCAACCUCCCCCACGCCGAGGCCGUCUUCGACAUCUCCUACUUCCGAAACAACCCCGACCCCUUCUACGUGCUCGCCCAGGAGCUCUACCCGGGCAAGUUCUACCCCACAAUCUCCCACGCCUUCAUCGCCCUGCUCGCGCGCAAGGGCCUGCUCGACAUGCUCUUCACCCAGAACAUCGACUGCCUCGAGCGGCGGGCGGGCGUGCCGGCGGACAGGAUCGUCGAGGCCCACGGGAGCUUCGCCACGCAGCGCUGCAUCGACUGCAAGGUCGAGUUCCCCGAGGACAAGAUGCUCGAGCACAUCCAGGCCUCCCGGGUGCCGCGCUGCGAGGACAGGGAGUGCAGGGGGCUCGUGAAGCCAGACAUUGUCUUCUUCGGUGAGCCGCUGCCCCGCGACUUCUCGGCCAAGUCGCCGCGCGCCAGCAUGGCGGACCUGACCCUCAUCCUGGGCACGAGCCUCACCGUGUUCCCGUUCGCCUCCCUGCCUGAGCUGGUCACCCGCGGGAAGCCGCGUGUUCUCUUUAAUAUGGAGAGGGUGGGCAGCCUUGGGUCGCGGCCUGACGACGUCCUUGCGCUUGGGCAGUGCGAUGAGGGGGUCAGGAAGCUAGCCAAGGCUCUCGGGUGGGACGAGGAGCUGGACACGCUUUGGAGGAAUGUAGUUGGCGACAAGGAAGCCGAUAGGCAGUCUGGAGACGCCACGAAGCAGCACGAUGAGUUGGAGGAUGAAGUGAACAAGCUUACAGAGGGUGUAGAAUCUGCACUGAAGUUGGAUGAAGCCUCAGAAAAGAAAGACGAGCCAGCUAGCUCUGCAUCUAAACCAGAGUUGGUAAACAAGGGGGGCGAGCAGGACGAAGGCGAGAUUCUCAAGAUUCCAGAACCCAAGGAGAAUCUGCUGAACUCCACUGAGAAGAAGGUGGAGCAGUCUGCAUUCAGCGACUCGGAGCCGGAGGAGAAGCAAGACGAGGAACAAAAUGAUAAGGCGGCUGGACCGUCAUUAGCUUCUGCGGAAAAGGAGAGCCGGACCGGUGAGAAAGAAGGUGCUAAGCAACCAGACCCUGAGAAGGCGGCAUUGUGA